AAAAUCAGUGAAAUUGACUACUAUUAGUGCAUAUUUAACGUUUUAAAUCCAUAUAAAUAAAAAUGUGUGAUGCAAAAAUCAAAGAUUUAGUCAAAAAGCGUGGUUCGAUUAAGUCAAGACUUACACAAUUUUCAACAUUUUUAUCAUUAUUAAAUAGUGGUGAACACCUAAGUGAUAUACAAAUAAAGGAGUUAGAGUGUCGUUUUCGUAAGAUCGAACAGUUAUAUGGUGAUUUCGAAAGCCUGCAGUCAGAAAUCGAAGCACUAACAGACCCUCCAGAGACGGCCUACCAAGAUCGUGAAGCCUUCGAUGGAAUAUACUUCAGUAAAGGCAGUACACCUCGAGCUGGUAACCGAUCUUACAAAAGAGGCCUAUCUAGCUUGUCUGAAUCGAUUUACAUCGAGGCGUGGAAAGCCGGAAACCAUUUACUCUGACAACGCGUCCACGUUCAUAGGUGCCUCAAAUGAGCUCGCGCAGUUCCUCAAAAGCAGCGUAGACUACGUGCAAGCACAACUAGUUGAACAAGGUAUUAACUUUAAAUAUAUUCCAGCGUAUAGUCCUCAUUUUGGCGGUAUCUGGGAAGCCGCUGUUAAGUCAGUUAAACACCAUUUGCGCAGAGUGCUUUCUUUGACUCACUUUGAUUAUGAAGAAAUGGCGACCUGCUUAGCGCAGAUAGAGGCAGUUUUAAAUUCGCGUCCCCUCACACCUUUAUCCACAGACCCUUCCGACCUUUCCUAUUUAUCUCCAUCUCACUUCCUCAUCGGACGACCACUGUUAGCAACAGCACGGGCAAACCUCCUAGACAAAGAAGUCAAUCGUCUCCAGCGAUAUCAACGAGUGGAGAAACUUCGUCAACACUUUUGGCAGAGAUAUUCGUUGGAAUACGUUUCGUUGCUUCAAACUAAAGGCAAAUGGAGGCAAUCAAUGGACAAACUAAAGAUCGGAGCCCUCGUCUUAGUAAAGGAUCGCACACAGCCACCUCUUCUUUGGCUUAUGGGUCGAGUCACAAACAUCAUUUACGGCGGCGACUCCAUCGGCAGGGUGGCUCAACUGAACACGAAGAAAGGCAUUAUCACGCGAGCCUUCAACAACAUAUGCCCGCUUCCCUUGGACGACAUCAGCCCGGGGGGGAGCAUGUUGUGAAACAACAAAUAAAUUUCAGAGGAUAAAAUACUCGACCACAAUAACCUCAUUAUUAUCAUUUUAUCCUCUGAGUAAAAGUACAAUGACGUAAAACGUCAUUUCAUAACAUGUCAAAAUAAAUAGACAAGAAAACAAAGUGACAGACGUCAAUUCAUAUAAAACGUCACACACACAUUAGGAACAGACCUCAUCAACGACGGACUCAUAAAACUUACAUAUCAAAUUCUGCAACAUCAUUCAUAUAUUCAAAAAUAGAAUCAAGAAGAAGCAAGAAAACCGAAGAUAGAAACCUGCACCUAUAAAAUAUUAUAGUCAGUAUUCAACAGA